UUUACAGCCCAAGUGAAAAAACUAAAUAUAAGAAAAUACCCACACACUCUCAAGCAGCCACAGUAUAUAGCCUAACUGUGUUUUUCAACAGUGAAAAAAGUCGGCUCAAUUGUCUAAAAGUAGUUCAUUUGCCUUAGUGUAUUGGUGCGCGCGCGUUUGCCUGUGUGUGUGUGUGUGUGAGUGUGUGCAUUGGAGCUUUUCGCUUUGCUCACUGAACCAGCGACAAAAAAGAAAGAAAAAAAUGAAAUAAAACCAGCCAACAACUAACGACUCGUACGGACGAAUUGUUCAGAUACUUGUAGAUCUCCACAUCGUAACUAUUUAGGCAGUAAUUAAAGCCACAAAGGAAAAUAGCGAAAAAGCAAAUGAAUCAUAAAACAGAAAAGAGAGCGUGAGAGGGGCGGGGGAGGGCAGGAAAAGCGUGACACACACACGAGAGAGCAUCUCAGCUGAGCUUGUGCAACAGCAGUAGAAGUAGAAGAGAGAGCGAGCGUGAGAGAAAAAAACACACGCAUAAGAGCUCACCUCCACCACAGGUGUGUGUGCAAAUGUGUAGGUGCCAGUUUUCUCUCUCGCGCACUCUCUUUUUCGUUAUGUAGGUGUGUGAGUGUAGGUAUAUUGGCCUCCCUCUCGCUCCCGCGCUUUGUCGUGUGUUUAUUUCAGUGUCACCGGGGAGACAGAUUAGCUCUUGUCCGCCUGUGUCGUAAAUAUCACACACACACUCUCCCCGUCCGCCCAUAUGUACAUAUAUAUAAAUGGAAGUUGCUGCCUGCUGCUGGCUGUGUGUUUAAUUCAUUUUCGAGGUUUUAAUGCGCAACAACUGCGACUUGUUGUGUGUUGGUUAGGCGACAAAAAAAAAAACAAACAAUAGCAACGUUGAGAAUUUAGAAAGCCCAAUGUAAACACGCACACAGAUACACAGCUCCUUAUAGGUGUGAGCUGCAUUGUGCUUCCGAUUUUCUGUGUUAAAGCGAAACUUCAAGCUCAAUCUUAAUAAUUUUCUCUAAACUCACAGUGUAAGAACAAUAAUCACGCCAAGCGCCAGUUAAAACAAGAAAGAAUAGAAAUAAAAAAGAAAAAGUUGAGAUCUCUCCGAGCAACAAGUACUUGUGCACCAAUACACGCAAGGUAGUGCCACGACAAAAAGAGAAAAAAAUACAGAGUAACCGAAACCAUAAGCAAAACGGAGGAGUAAUGGAGGCCACCACUACGACUACACCUGACUUAAAUCGCAGCGAUGCCACCAGGAAGAGUGUGCGGUUGUAUGCCGCCCGUAAGGGGGCGGCACCUGCACCGCCCAAGCUUAGUGUGGCGCCCUCCAACAACCAGAACAGCAGCAGCAACAUCAACAACAACAAUAAUACCGGAGAAAACUUGCCGGAAACGGAACUGCAGCCAUCACAUCUUGCCACUAAAGAUCUCGAAGGAGCCAUCGAAGAUGACAGCAUUGUAGAGCUGCGCCGACGUGAUGGUCAGGCCACCCCAUUGCCCAGGAUAGCCGUAUCCGCCCUGCCCACUCUGCAGCCAUAUCCUAAGCCCAAGGAACGCCAGAAACCUGUGCCACGCAACCUCCUUUCCACCGAAGACGAUGCUGGUGUCUCUUUUGCCCUAGGCUCCAUUGAAAAGCACAUUCACAAUGUGGAGGAGAGCUUUAAGCAGCAGCAGAACCAACAGCAAUCCCAAUCCUCGAUGGACGUAAUGAAAAUGGAGAUCAAGCGUAAGCAGAGCAAGCGAUACGGUGAAACGGAAAACCUUCUGCGGCCGGGCAUUAGUGAUAUGUCCUCGGAGAAUGAUUUCCAGUAUUUGGGAGGAAGGCGGGCUGGCGAACUAGAUGACAGCAACGAGCUGAUGCUAUCGGAAUUCCAGCGUGGCAGCGAUGGCCGUAACUCGAUCGGAGCCUAUUCUAAGAACUCGCCUGCUGCCGCAAACGGAGCAAAUGCUGUGAAGGCCAAACUGGCACGUACUGCCUCGGAUUCAAAGAAUAAUGACACUUUGCUGGCCAUGAGAGCUACUCUGAAGCAGAAGCAGCAUUUACAGGACGAGAAACAGCCGGCUGUAUGGCGACCGGCUGGGACUGCCCCCACUCCUGCGGCCAGGAGCAUCACCUCCACUUCGUCAACCUCAACCUCAACCUCUGCCAGUCGAGGUGGGAGCAGCAGCAGCGUUGUAGACGGUGUGUCUACAUCAAAGCUAACGGCAACCACCAUUUCGGCGUCGAAGCGGCGUGAAGAGAAUUUGCGACAAUUUGAAGCUCUAUUGGCACAGAAGUCCUCACACCGUCAUGCUACCUCUUCUGGAGCAUCUGGUGCCUCAGGAACAGGAAGUAGUGCGGCCAGCUCGAAGAGACGUUCAGAGCGGCCAAUAGUGGCUCCAAUUCCGCCGUACAAUUCUAGUCGGGCAGAGCCGCGGAUUUCUGGCGCGACCAGAGCCAGCGUGAGUCCAAGGUCCACUUCUGGACAUGGCUCUGAAGCAGGGUCGGCUCACACAUCUGUCACUAGCCACGUUCCUAGCGUGGUACCAAGCCGAAGCCAUGUGUACAGCAACAAUGUUGCACAGGGUUCGCCUAACAUGCAGAUGCGGAGUAGUGCUCCAAUGCGAUGGCGUGCUACGGAGGAGCACAUCGGCAAAUAUAAACUCAUAAAGACGAUCGGCAAGGGCAACUUCGCCAAGGUGAAACUAGCGAAACAUCUGCCCACUGGCAAGGAGGUGGCCAUCAAGAUAAUUGACAAGACCCAACUCAAUCCUGGGUCACUACAGAAACUCUUCCGAGAGGUUAGAAUAAUGAAGAUGCUGGAUCACCCCAACAUAGUUAAAUUGUUCCAAGUAAUCGAAACGGAGAAGACGCUCUAUUUAAUCAUGGAGUACGCGUCCGGUGGCGAGGUCUUUGACUAUCUGGUUCUACACGGACGCAUGAAGGAGAAGGAGGCGCGUGUCAAGUUUCGACAAAUCGUCUCAGCCGUGCAAUACUGUCAUCAAAAAAGAAUAAUACACAGGGACUUAAAAGCUGAAAACCUUUUGCUGGACAGCGAAUUGAACAUCAAAAUCGCUGACUUUGGCUUUUCAAACGAGUUUACGCCCGGCUCAAAGCUGGACACGUUCUGCGGUAGUCCGCCGUAUGCGGCUCCGGAACUAUUUCAGGGCAAGAAGUACGAUGGACCGGAGGUCGAUGUGUGGUCACUGGGUGUCAUCCUGUAUACGUUAGUGAGCGGUUCUCUGCCCUUUGACGGUUCCACCUUGAGAGAGUUGCGUGAACGAGUGCUCAGAGGCAAAUAUAGAAUUCCCUUCUAUAUGUCCACUGACUGCGAAAACUUGCUCCGCAAAUUCUUAGUACUGAAUCCCGCAAAGCGUGCUAGUCUUGAAACAAUCAUGGGCGACAAAUGGAUGAACAUGGGGUUUGAGGAGGACGAACUCAAGCCCUAUAUUGAGCCCAAAGCCGAUUUAGCCGAUCCCAAGCGGAUAGGUAAGACGGAAGCUCUAGUCGCGAUGGGCUACAAUCGGUCGGAGAUCGAGGCUUCACUCUCCCAGGUGCGCUACGACGAUGUUUUUGCCACGUAUUUGCUGCUGGGACGUAAGAGCACAGACCCGGAAAGUGACGGAUCGCGAUCUGGCUCCUCGCUUUCACUGCGAAAUAUCUCGGGCAAUGAUGCGGGUAAUACUGGCAGUGCGGGUGUGCAGAGUCCCACGCACAGAGGCGUCCAUAGGAGCAUAUCGGCGUCCAGCACGAAGCCAAGUCGCCGAGCCUCGUCUGGUGCGGAAACUUUGCGUGUUGGACCUACAAAUGCGGCAGCACCAGUGGCGGCGGCCACAGGAGCCGUUGGUGCGGUAAAUCCAAGCAAUAAUUACAAUGCUGCAGGAUCAGCGGCGGAUCGAGCAUCAGUUGGCAGCAACUUUAAACGUCAGAACACAAUCGACUCGGCUACGAUUAAGGAGAAUACAGCGCGACUGGCCGCUCAAAAUCAGAGACCCGCUUCGGCCAUCCAAAAGAUGCUCACUACGGCAGACACUACAUUGAUUAGCCCCGCCAAGCCGCGAACGGCAACGAAGUACGACCCGACGAAUGGCAAUCGCACGGUCAGCGGCACAAGUGGCAUCAUUCCACGUCGCUCCACCACGCUGUAUGAAAAGACUUCGUCGACGGAGAAAACCAAUGUUAUUCCUGCAGAGACAAACAGCGGAUCGGCAGCUCCCGCUGGGAAAGGUCAUACCAAAAGCGCGUCCGUCUCGAGCCCUCGCCCCUCUGCCGAUGGAUGCGUAUCGGUCUCUAAUGACCCGCUCGGAACGAGACACUUUCCAAGGAAUGUUCCAUCACGUUCAACCUUUCACUCUGGUCAAACCAGAGCACGAAACAACACAGCGUUGGAAUACUCGGGCACCAGCGGUGCCUCCGGCGACUCCUCCCAUCCGGGUCGCAUGAGCUUCUUCUCCAAACUCUCCUCACGUUUUAGCAAACGUCCCACAACCGCAGAUGAAGGGGCGAAACCAAGAGUUUUACGAUUCACAUGGUCCAUGAAAACCACUUCGCCCUUGAUGCCCGAAACGAUAAUGCAAAAGAUCAGGGAAGUGCUUGACCAGAACAAUUGCGACUAUGAGCAGCGUGAGAAAUUUGUUCUUUGGUGCGUGCAUGGGGACCCAAAUACUGACUCACUGGUGCAAUGGGAAAUCGAGGUGUGCAAGCUGCCACGUCUCUCUCUUAAUGGUGUGCGCUUUAAGCGAAUUUCUGGCACCAGCAUUGGCUUCAAGAACAUUGCGUCUCGCAUUGCUUUUGACCUCCGGCUGUGACUUAACCAAACGAACAACGAGGGGAAUGCGGCCGCCGCCGCCUUGCGGCCCACUGAUCCAUCCGACACCAUAUCCACCGGCAACUGUCGGAGGCCCAGCAACGACAGCACCUCCCGGCUGUCGGAGCUCUCGCUUCUAUGUCGCUCGUUGACUAGCCAACAGGGCUCUCAGCGACGCAAGAAGAGUCGGCUGUCUACCGGUGGCAGCGAGGAUCAGAAGAAAUCCAACUCGUUGCUGUCGGCAUUUCAAAUGUACUCACCCUUCAGUUCCAAGGAGAACUUGCAGUCCAGCGAGGAGGUCGAAGAUCUCCAGGUGAUUGACACACAGCCAGGACACUCUGUUGAUGUGCCUCUCUUCGCUGACUUCUGUCCCAUAAAUCCGAUUAUGGAAGAAGAUGCUGAGGGCGUUGAGGGAAAAACCAGUGAGGCCAAGGGCACUGUCGGUGGACAAAAAGUCAAAGGUGAUGGCGGCGGCGGUGGUGGCGGGGGCGGGGGCAAUCGAUUGAAGCGGAAUAUCAAGCACACCGGGAGCCUAAUUGUACGUAAACUUACUGCCGGCAGGCACAGUGAUGCGGACAAAAAGGGUGCGACUGGAAAGAAGGAUAAGGAGCAGGAUAAAGAGGUGGCGGCGGCCACGGAUAAGGAGAAACCAAGCAGCAAGCCGGAGGGCAAGGUAGCCAUGCUACGCACCACAACCCUCUAAUGCAAUGGAACAAGGUCGUGGCAUGGGCAAUACGUUUAAUUGUGGGGCAGUUUGUAUCUAUUGAAUGAGUGAAUUAUGAAGGCAAUGCGGCAAAUCGCUGAUGGAAUCUCAAGAAAAACAAUUAAUGUUAGCAUCUCUCCGUAUAUCGAACGUAUUGAAUAUAUAUAACUACUCAUAACAAUCAAGCAGACAAACUCCUCUAUCUAUCCACACUGACAUGCAUUAGCACCCGCAUAGAUACGCACAUGUUUACAUACGUUAAUUAAUAGAAACCUAGUUAAUGGGCCAGCAGUAUUGGUCAUCGAGCUGCAGGCAAGAUGAAACACAAGUGAAUAUAUGAGGAUAACAGAAACACCACUCAAUAAAACAAUAACAAUAAUUAUUAACAAGAAACCAAUCAACGCUCUAUAAACUGCAUUUAUGUGUCGAUAUCUCCAGUAAACGAACAAUUUUGCUUGGCCAACAAACGAUCAAAGAACACAAUUUCAUAGAUAUCCGACUCGGGUUGUUUCUUUUUUAAAGACAUGCUUUCAAGAAUGUCGUAUGUGACAGCAUAUAACGUUAGUUUUGAGGCGAGAUUAAUUCAUAAUAUAUAUCAAUGAUCGCAUCACAAGUCGGAUAGCCAAAUGUCUUACUCUACUAUACUGAAAAUGUGCCCAACUCCAAACCCAAUACCAUCUAUUGUAAUUACUAGGCCCGUGCUCGAAUACGUAGUUGGUACUUAUACCUGACAUUUUUUGUUGUUUUGCUUCAAUUUGAACAGUUCUUAGAACAGACAGAGAAAAAAAUGUAUGUAUAUUACUGUUAAGGCUACAAGUUUACUAACAAAACAACACCACUCCGAAACAUGUAACAUUGCGAUGCAAUUAUGGCCAAUUGUUACAUAGUUUCCAUUAAGUUCACUUACCCCCCAGAAAAAGACGAGCCAGUGGCUUUUUGGGGCCAUUCUACAAGAAAUUGUUGAAUGUCUCUGAAGCAGACCUUAAUGUGUGUUACGAAAUCGAAAGUAAAUGGGAUUUUUAGGAGGAGCGAUCUCAAGUGAGAUGUAGGAAAAAAGACGACCAUUUAUCUAAGUUGUGGAGGCUCAAAAAACAGUCUAUAUAUACCAAAACAUAUACAUAGUUGCACAUCAAGUUGUCUUCAUCAUGAUUGUGACGCAUUUCUGUAAUUCUUAACUUUCGAGAAAAGCAUGCAUCGUUUUAUAUAUUUGUUGUUAAAUGACAGCUAAUUGAAACUUAUUAAUAAUUACUAGGACUAGGCAAGAACGCGCAUAAACCACACAUAAGUAUAUAAUACAUGCAUAAAUAUAUAAAGGAAUCAGCUUAUUACAUAUAUGCCGAGAGAUAUCCUUAGUAGUGUGCCGGACUCCCUUCCCAAAAAAAAGAGACAUAUAUCUUUGUAAGCAUUGCUAAAAUUUCACCUAUUCUAUGUUUUUUGUUGACAGCAAUCUGAGGUCAGUAAUAUAAAUUCACGCACCCAGAUCCACAUUGCACACUAUGCUAGUUGUACUCUUAUUUCUUGUAUUUAUUUUGAUUUACAAACGGUUGAGUUAAUGUAAAACAAAGCGAAAUUAUUGAGAACACCAUUAAAUCAGAAUUAUGAUAAAGCCGAUUAUAGAAUUUACGAAUAAUCAUGUUGUAAGAAUAUCUGAUAUACAUACAUACAUAGAUGUUUUAAUUAAUAAAUACAAAAUGGCAUAACUAUAA